AGAUAAUUAGUUUCGAACCAAUAAAUAAAAGCCAAAUAACAAUGUUGUUCUUGAUUGGCUUAAGAUUACGGAAAAUAGUUAUUAUUUACUAUAUCCGAUGAAAAAUGUUUGGCUUGACACCCACGCACCACGCACAAAGAAUUACAUUUGUCACACUCACAACGGAGUAAUUGAUCUGCGUGGACCAAUCAAAACAAUCCACGAACAUUUUUAGAAGAGUUAACGCGGUGGAAUAUAUUCACGGUCUUGUUUAUAAGUUAGACAUUUCGUUUUUAUGAGGAAAGAUAUUUAGUUGAAUUACUACAACUUAAAAUUUUUUCUAUAAGGAUCUUACCGAGAAAACCAUCAUGCGAGCAUUAAUAGGUCUCUUGCUGUUAAUUGCGAGUGCUAAUUGUAUGUACUCAUCCAUGUCAGACGUUAUUGAAUUAACACCCAGUAAUUUUGAUAAAUUAGUAACAAAUAGUGAUCAUAUAUGGGUGGUUGAAUUUUAUGCGCCAUGGUGUGGUCAUUGUAAAAAUUUAAAACCUGAAUAUGAAAAAGCAGCCACAGCACUUAAGGGAAUUAUAAAAGUUGGAGCCGUAGAUGUAGAUGAGCAUAAAUCAUUUGGAUCUAGAUUUGGAAUUGAAGGUUUCCCUACAAUUAAAAUAUUUGGUGUCAAUAAAAAGAAACCUGAGAGUUAUAAUGGUGCGCGAACGGCUGAUGGGCUUGUAACUGAAGCUUUAAGAGUUGCAAGUAAAAAAGCUAAAGAAGCAUUAGGUGGAAAGUCAAGUGGUCCAGAUUCGAAAUCCUCUAAAGAUGUGGUUGAGCUAACGGAUGAUAACUUCGAUAAAUUAGUUAUAAACUCUGAAGAUAUGUGGUUAGUCGAAUUUUAUGCACCGUGGUGUGGACAUUGUAAGAAUCUUGCUCCAAUUUGGGCUAAAGCUGCUACUGAGUUGAAAGGAAAAGUAAAAUUAGGUGCUCUGGAUGCAACUGUUAACACAAUAAAAGGCAGCCAAUAUGAAAUCAGAGGAUACCCAACAAUUAAAUUUUUUGCUCCCGGCAAAAAAGAUUCAGACUCUGUUUCUGAAUAUGGCGGUGGUCGUACAACAAGUGACAUUGUCAAUUGGGCUCUUGAUAAGCUGUCAGAAAAUGUUCCAGCUCCAGAAAUAGUUCAAGUAACUGGUGAAAAGUCAAUGAAAGAAGCAUGUGAUGACAAACCAUUGUGUGUUAUAUCAGUGCUGCCUCAUAUUCUUGAUUGUCAAUCUCAAUGCAGAAAUGAAUACUUGGAAAUAUUAAAAGUUUUAGGUGAAAAAUACAAGAAGAAGAUGUGGGGAUGGGUAUGGGCAGAAGCUGGAGCGCAGCCAGAUCUUGAAGAAGCUCUCGAAAUUGGUGGAUUUGGAUAUCCAGCUUUAGCUGUUGUCAAUACCAAAAAAAUGAAGUAUUCAUUAAUGAGAGGUAGUUUCUCAGAAGAUGGUAUCAACUCGUUUUUGAGAGAUCUCAGCUAUGGUAGAGGAGGUACUGCUCCAUUGAAAGGCGCUGAACUUCCAAAAAUAUAUGAGACUGAAGCAUGGGAUGGUAAAGACGGUCAGCCACCGCAAGAAGAAAAAAUUGAUCUAAGUGAUAUUGAUUUAAAUGAUAAAGAUGAACUAUAAAUUUUUUAAUAAUGCAUUAAAUUUUCUUGAUUUAAAAAUCUAACAUCAUCAGUAAAUAAUCAUAAAUCUUUUUCAAUUCUUCCAUGUCAUCUAUAAAGUCAUUAAUAAUUUUUUAUCUCAUUGAUUGUAAAUAAAUUUAAAGUGAGUUUUAUUAAGAAAAAUUUUUCUAUGGAUUUACAUUCCGCUGAAAAUUUUUAUGAGAAAGUAUCAGUCAUUUUUUGUAUUUUUUGACAAUAAUUUAAUAAAACAAAUUUUAGUGUAACAUCAUAACUAAGACCUAAAUACAUGAAAAAACUAAUUUAAAUAGUUUUA